UAAACCUGAGGCAGAGAAAGCCACACCACCUGCUAGAAAAGAAACAAUGAGACGAGUGGUACGACAGAGCAAGUUUCGGCACGUGUUUGGGCAGGCGGUGAAAAACGACCAGUGCUACGAUGACAUUAGAGUUUCCCGUGUUACCUGGGAUAGUUCAUUUUGUGCUGUUAAUACCAAAUUUGUUGCAAUAAUAAUAGAGGCUAGUGGCGGCGGCGCAUUCCUGGUUCUACCUUUACAUAAGACAGGUAGAAUCGACAAAUCCUACCCCACAGUAUGUGGCCACACGGGACCGGUGCUUGACAUCGACUGGUGUCCUCACAAUGAUCAUGUUAUUGCCAGCGGCUCGGAGGACUGCACCGUCAUGGUGUGGCAGAUCCCAGAGAACGGACUCACGCUCUCGCUGACGGACCCCGUGGUCGUCUUAGAAGGUCAUUCCAAAAGAGUGGGCAUCGUAGCCUGGCACCCUACGGCGCGCAACGUCCUCCUCAGUGCAGGUUGUGACAAUGCCGUAAUCAUCUGGAACGUGGGGACCGGUGAGCCUCUGAUCAACCUGGAUGACAUGCACCAGGACAUGAUUUAUAACGUGAGUUGGAACCGGAACGGCAGCCUCAUCUGCACGGCUUCCAAAGACAAGAAAGUCCGAGUGAUUGAUCCCCGGAAACAAGAAAUUGUCGCUGAGAAAGAGAAGGCACAUGAAGGAGCACGGCCCAUGAGAGCUAUCUUCCUCUCUGAUGGGAAUGUCUUCACCACCGGGUUUAGCCGCAUGAGCGAAAGGCAGCUUGCACUCUGGAACCCGAAGAGUAUGGAUGAGCCCAUCGCCCUCCACGAAAUGGACACCAGCAAUGGGGUGCUGCUGCCUUUUUAUGACCCAGACACCAGCAUCAUUUACUUAUGUGGAAAGGGCGACAGCAGCAUCCGCUACUUUGAGAUCACGGACGAGUCUCCCUAUGUGCACUACCUCAACACGUUCAGCAGUAAAGAGCCCCAGCGAGGGAUGGGUUUCAUGCCUAAGAGGGGCCUGGACGUCAACAAGUGUGAGAUUGCCAGAUUCUUCAAGCUCCACGAGCGAAAAUGCGAGCCCAUCAUCAUGACCGUCCCUCGGAAGUCCGACCUGUUCCAAGAUGAUCUCUAUCCGGAUACGGCGGGACCGGAGGCCGCUCUGGAAGCGGAGGAUUGGUUCGAGGGCAAGAACGCCGACCCCAUCCUCAUCUCCUUGAAGCACGGAUACAUUCCGGGCAAGAACAGGGACCUCAAGGUGGUGAAGAAGAACAUCUUGGACAACAAGCCGGCAGCGAACAAGAAGAGCGAUCUCAUCAGCGCCCCAAAGAAAGCAGCGGACACCCCAAACACUCAAAACGAAGCCAAAUUGGAUGAAAUUUUGAAAGAGCUGAAAUCUCUAAAAGACACAAUCGCCUACCAAGACGAGCGCAUUGCCAAGUUAGAACAGCAGAUGGCGAAGAUUGCAGUCUGAGAGCCGCGCCGGAGGAGGGGGGGGGGAAGAAGCAGAAACUGCGAUGAGCCAGGCAUGGGACUGGGGGUGAGGGAGGGGCGGGGGGGAAGACACUGCCAUUUGGGAAGACAUUCCAUCUCCUGGCACAACGGCUCCUGGGGGUAUUCCGGUCAGAACUUGGUUCUCCUCCUAAAUUCACGAGCGCCAGCGGAAGCCGACGAUCCAAAGCCAACUUUUUUUUUAGUGAAAGGUUAUCGUUUUGUUCCCGACGAUUGUCACGUGACCGUUGCCAUAAAGCGUUGGUUUUGCAGUCCGCUUCCCACACAUCAGUUGAUCGGCAUGCCGGUCCUCCUGCCUUUCCAAACUUGCCAACUUCCUAGGAUUUGGGACCAAUUACUGUGUUGUUUUUAAAGUACUUUUUUUUUUUAAACUUUAAAGUUGCCAAAAUCCCAAAGUAGUUUUUUUUAAUUUCUCUCUCUUUUUUAAAAACCAUUUUGCAGUGUUUGAUUUUCUUAAUCUACGGGAACGUGUCUUUGUGUUUAUUGGUGCCAUUCAGAGAACAAAGUGGUUUUUGACGGAAAUCUUUUUUAACUUGGAACGUUUUGGAGGGAGGGGUCCCCAUGCAGCACAGACGAGGCAGCCCAGAAGGUGGUCCGGGGCUGAGAUCGCUGACUUUUUCUAAAUGCAUCCUGACCCCCUCCUCCCUGCGGGCCCACAGCCUCCCCCUUCCCCUCUGCAGUGGAGGGCUUUCUCCAGGCCCACCCAUUGAAGUCAUAUUUCCCCUUCAGCCGGGCAUGUCGUGCUUUGGAUUCAAUCCCCGUUCGUGUCCCAGAUGAGCAUGCUGUGGUGCCUGCUGGUUUUUGGGUCCGCGUGUUUCUGCAGACGUUCCAUUUCUCACCCAGAUGUAAGGUUUUAAGAAUACGAUAUCAGAGCAUCAAGGACAAAAUUUUACAAGCUCUUGAGCAACUUGUUGGGAUUCUUUUUCUCUCUUCCUUCCUUUCCCCGUGUGUAUAGCUUGCGCAACCGUGCCCCUCGUGGAGCCUGGGGCUUCCUUGUCGGGGUCACUAAGGGUUAUUUAAAUAAGUGAGGUUUUCUCUUUCAAAAAAAAAAAAUAUCCUCAUGUUCCUUGAGAAAUAACAGCUAGAGCUUGACUGUCCCCGUUGCAGUGGAUGGGCAUCUGUCUGCUCACGGCCAGUGUCUUGGACUGUCCGGCCUGGUAGCCUGGAGAAAGGUGGGCGUUUCAGCUUUGCCUCCCUGGACAGUUCCGGGGGGGUGGGGUGGGACGGGACCAGUUUCUCAGAUGGAGGCGCCCAUCGGUCCUGCGGGUCGCCUGAUCCUUGCUGACUCAUUGGCCACGGCCUCCCUCUCCAGCUCUCUUAGCGAGUGGCGCUGUAGCCCAGCAGAGACCAGAGGGCGCAGUGCCCUCGGCUUGCAUGCUGCCGUGUCAGCCCCGCUGCCGGAGUCCCCACCUCAGUAGCUCCAGCAUCAGACACAGAACAGUAAUUUGUACUCCGCUUGCCGCAGAGUCCGAUUCCCGGCUUGCGCACGCAGGUUGUAGGGUUGGCUUUGUUUGGGGGGGUGUUGUUUUUUUAAGUGGUUCUCGCCUUCAGGCUCUCAGGAGCUGUGGGGUUAUCACCUCCCUUUCGAAGGGAAGUCUUAGUCGUCGCACACGUUGGCUGAAUAGCGCCGACUCCUAGGUCCCCUGGUGCUCAUCCAGAGGAAAUGCAGACAGCUUGUGGGUGCCUAAGCGGCAGUAGAAGGCGGCGCCUGCACAUCCCAGGUGGAAUUCUCUUCACAUUUCCCCCUGCUGCAUUCUUCUGUAACGGCUGGUGAGAGAGAGGGGGUUUCAGGCCAGAAGGAAACGUUCAGACCGCAGAGAUGAUGUGGGACGUUCCUACCAAGCCUUGUCAUCUGCAAGGCCUUUGUGGAUCCUGCAUCCAGGUGAUGGUGUGUUCUUGAUGCCAGUGGCGUCACGUGGAGGGGGGUGUCACAAGGAAGGUUCCACAGUAAUCCUCACCCUCUGUCCCGGGUCCAGAAUGCCAAUCCAACCAGCACAGACUGCUGUAGUUUCUCCCUUCCCCUCUCCCGGUGUCUUGCAAAUGUGGGGUGCGUUGAGUCACCAAGACCCCUGGAAGAACCUUGCGGCUGGACCAUAACAGGGGAGCUUGUCGGUCACCUUGAAGGUCCUUUGUUACAGGAGGUUUUGAAUAAUGUACAUUGUUAGCUGUUGUAGAUUUUCCGGGUUGUCCAGCUGUGGUCUUGGCAUUGUAG